AUGCAUUUCUCAACAGUUCUUGCUGCCUCGGCCACCCUGUUGACUCUGGCUCUUGCCGACCCUCUCUCCUUCACCAGCUGGCCCCAGGAUGUCCAGGCCGGCAAGCCUCUUACUCUAACAUGGGCCGGUGCCGUCACUAAUCAGCCCGUUACCCUUACCCUGCGAAAGGGCGCGUCUGGAAAUCUGGACGACGUGGAGGUCAUCACCGACCAGGCCAAAGAUGGUACUUUCACCUGGACCCCUGGUGAGAACAUUAAGGAAGGUGAAACCUAUGCUUUCCAGGUUUCACAGGGUGGUCAAAAGAACUACUCUGCCCUCCUGAAGGCCGGCGCCCCUGCCAACCCCCCGGCUUCCAGCGCGUCUGAGACCGGCACUGUCACUUCGGCCCCAUCGACUAUGUCCACAGGUACUGCGACUGCCACCGGCACCGGCACCGGCACUGCUAGCCAGGCUACCAACGCCAACACUACGACCGGAACCUCCAGCAAGCCCUUGAUCAGUUCGUCAGCAGCAGCUACCCCAUCCAGCAGCGCUGCCGCCACCACCAGCUCCAUCAAUGCUGAAGCUACCGACACCGUCUUGAACGGUAAGAAGUCGUCCGAGACCGGCAGUGUCCAAACUGGCCUUGCAUCUGUGUCGCAGUACUCUGCCGGUCUGGCAGCAGGCGCUAUGGCCCUGUUCUUUUAUUUGGGCUUUUAA